AUGGCGGCCCUCCCAGCUUCUGUCGCGAUGGCGUCGGCGGCGGGCGCCGCGGCGCGCGCGGCGGUGCGCGCCGCUGCGGCUGGCGCGUCCGUGGCGCACAGCGGGACGCGGCUUUCGGAUGCUGUGCCUCGGGAGAUCGUUGACGACAUCUUUGCGCACGCGUUGAAGAAGCAGACGGGCGUCAGUCUCAAGUACAUGCUGGAUUUCGGCGCCAACCCCAUAGAGCGGCAGCUGGUGCUGUCAGCCCAGUUCCUCCAAAAGGAGCUGCCAGUGCGCCUCGCCCACAGGGUGGCUGAGCUGGAGAACCUGCCUUACGGCCUCAGCAGCAAGCCCCAGGUUCUGAAGCAACUGUGCAUGUACGCGGGCAUGCUCAUCAUGCGCGCAUGCACACGUGCGUGA